CUUGAACCAGCAGAAAUAUUAUAUAUGGAAAACAGUGAGAGAGGAUAUGAUGUCUCUUCUGUGGCAUAACUUCAAGGUUAAAAGUUGUUUUAUGUGGCGGGUUUGUUGGAAAACAGUGAGAGAGGAUAUGAUAACUUCAACGCCUCACUGAGUCGCUGUUUCUUGUUCACAAAGAUGACUAUACUGAAUAUGAGCAGGCAUCUCUUAGACAACUCUAUCAGGCGAAGAUGGAAAAGUUGCGUGCUGAAGUGCUGCAACAGCCCGAUACAACAGGAACACUCUUACGUUCCAAAGCAUCUUCCACCUUCAUACCAGCAGAUAUCUGUUACUGUGGUGACAGAGUUUGUGCGCUGGAAUGAGGAGGCAAUUUCUAGGUGCACAUUGUUUUCUUCUCGGCCUACUACUCUUGCAGCUUGUGUGAAAUCAGUGUUCACUUGCUUGCUCGAUGAAAGUAAUCAAUAUAUAACGGAUGGUCUUGAGCGAGCUAGAGAGAGUCUAAAUGAAGCUGCAGCUUUGAGGGAGAGAUUUGUGAUUGGCACAAGCGUCAGUAGAAGGGUUGCUGCUGCAGCUGCCUCUGCUGUAUGAUAGUACUCCUUUUGA